GAUGCCGUAAGCAGUUUCAUCAAUAACAAUAAUCAUGUGGGAGCCCACACGCAACUUCUCUCUUUCUCGUGCACCGUAAUGCACCAGAUCAAUCUCUAUACAAACCCAGCACCUCAUUCAUUCUCACCAUUCCACACCGUUCGAUAACUCCUUUCGGUUCUUUUGAAGAAGGACCAUUCUCUUUGCGCGUGUCCCGUUCUCUUCUCCAAUCCUUAACUUCACCAUCACGUAGACAUCUGUGUAAUCUGAAUAGAAUAUAGUUAGUAUUAUGGAGGUUAAGCUCUGGAAUGACAAGCGCGAGAGAGAAAUGUAUGAUAAUUUUGCUGAGCUUUAUGCCAUUAUCAAGGCUACUGAGAGACUCGAGAAAGCAUAUGUUAGAGAUAUAAUCACACCGCAGGAAUAUGAGAUGGAGUGCCAGAAGCUUAUAGCUCAUUUCAAAACCCUAGCUUCUACUCUUAAGGACACUGUGCCUAGCAUUGAGAGAUUUGCUGAUACUUAUAGGAUGGAGUGUCCGGCUGCAAUUAACCGUCUUGUGGUUUCUGGUGUGCCUGCUACAGUGGAGCACCGGGCUACUGCUGCAGCAGGUGCAUCCACCUCGGCUGCUAUUGUGGCUGAGUGUGUUCAGAAUUUUAUUACAUCGAUGGAUUCCUUGAAACUUAACAUGGUGGCUGUGGAUCAGGUGCAUCCUUUGCUCUCAGACCUUAAUGGUUCACUCAAUAAAUUGACGAUUUUGCCACCUGAUUUUGAGGGGAAAAUAAAAAUGAAGGAUUGGAUUGCAAGGUUAUCAAAGAUGGGUGCAGCUGAUGAGUUGACAGAACAACAGGCCCGGCAGCUUCACUUUGAUCUCGAGUCUUCUUACAAUUCCUUUAUGGCAGCUCUGCCCAAUGCUGGCACUUGAAUCAGUGGGGUAGCUUGUAAAUUGAAUUAGAAAUUCCUUUUUCUAUAUUUUUUCCCCUUUGAUUGCUAAUAUUGUUGAUUGGGAAAGGAAUUUUCUAUUUGGUUUGGUGACAGCAUAUAUAUAUUUUAAGGGCCAAAUCCUGGAUAUUUACAAAUUAUGGCUGUCUGAAUGCUGAUCACUGAAGGUUUAUUCUAUAUUGUGGAUGAGCUUUGAGCUUUUCUUUUCUUUUAUGCAGUUAUUUGGUUUGAGUUUCUCUGUACUCCUAUAUAGCAAGGGUGAAAUUUUACUGAAAAUUGAGUAUACAGCUGUUUGUCUUUUA